AGUAGACCCGGAAAACUUCCCGAAAUCCCCCAAUCGGACGUCAAUACCAUGCAGUGACAACUUCCAGCUGUACGGUAUAUGUUAUAUAGUGUGCUUACUUCACUCCGUCUUUAUCCCUUGUGACUCGAGUCAAAGUUAAAAGGGCUGAUAUACAUCUGAACAUGCACAGACAACGCGGUUACUUUAGCAGUAUAGCAGCUCUGUGUUGGCCUUUCAACGAUUCGGACAGCGUCAGCAUGGCACCAAAGCGACGCGCUGCUUCUACAGCCAGGGCGGGUGGCAAAAAGGUGAAGGAAGAGCCUAAGUUACCAAAGGCUAAGGAUGCAUUUACCUCCGCCAAAGAGGCCCUUUUGGCUGCAGGGCCACCAGUCAAAGGCAAGAAGACGGUGGACGAGUACUGUUCGCUGAGUGGAGAGGUGCACGAAGACUAUGACUGCAUGCUUAAUCAGACAAAUAUUGGAUUCAACAAUAAUAAGUUUUAUGUGAUCCAAGUCAUAAAAGCAGCCAACAAAUUCUAUUCAUGGAACAGAUGGGGCAGAGUGGGUGAGACGGGACAAUCCAAACUAAACCCAUUUUCAGAUGUGGAGAGUGCUGUGAAGGACUUUGAAAAAAAGUUUAAGGACAAGACAAAGAACAACUGGAAGGAUCGAAUGAAUUUUGUAUCUCACCAAGGGAAAUACACCUUGAUCGAGGUGGAUGGAGAGCAUGAUACAGAAGUUAAGGUGGAUGCCGUCGAUGGAACGGUUGUCAAGGUCAAGAAAAAUGUCCUACCUUGCACCCUUGAUGAAGCUACAAAGGAGCUUAUUGUGCUUAUUUUUAGCAAUGACAUGUUCAAAGAGGCAAUGGAAUGUAUGAAUUUAGAUAUCAAGAAGAUGCCUUUGGGUAAACUAAGCAAGGUGCAGAUUGCGAAAGGCUUUGAGGUGCUGGAAGAAAUUACAGCAGCCUUGAGUCAAAAGAUAAAAAAGGGGCAACUUGAAAAACUUUCCUCCAAGUUCUUCACAUUAAUCCCACAUAACUUUGGUCGGAGCAGACCACCAACCAUUGACAACAUUGACAUUGUGGCAAAGAAAAAUAAGAUGCUAAUGGUGUUGGCUGAUAUUGAGCUCGCCCAGACCCUAAAAUCAGUGACAGAGAAGGCACAGGAAGAGAUGAUAGAGACUGUUCCUCACCGUCUUGACCAAGACUACAAUUCUCUCAAAUGUAAGCUCUCUCUGAUGGACAAAAACACUGAAACAUUCAAGACAAUAGAAACGUACCUAAAGCAAACUCAGGGUUCCUCAAAGCCGAUAAUCGCCAAUGUAUGGGAAGUGGAUAGAGAGAAUGAGGGGGAACGGUUUCAAGAGAAUGCAGCAUUGGAGAACCGCCGCCUGCUGUGGCAUGGCACAAACAUAGCAGUCGUGGCUGCUAUACUUAAAAGCGGUUUGAGGAUAAUGCCCCAUUCAGGGGGCCGUGUUGGUCGGGGUAUCUAUUUUGCAUCUGAAAACUGCAAGUCAGCAGGUUACGUACGCACAUCUAAAAAUACUGGUGUGAUGUUUCUGAGUGAAGUGGCCCUUGGAAAAGAACAUACCAUCACCAAAGAUGACUCUUCCUUGAAAAAGGCUCCCAAGGGCUUUGAUUCUGUAGUUGCAAGAGGUCAAGUGGAACCAGAUCCUUCUAAAGACAUCUUCAUCACCCUUGAUGGUAACAAGGUGGCUGUCCCUCAGGGUAAGCCUGUAUUGCAGCCUCAGUACAGUACGAGCUACUUCCACAACAGUGAAUAUCUCAUCUACAAAGAGAGUCAAUGUCGCCUGCGCUACCUUCUUGAACUGAAAAUGUAACUGCUGUUAUUCAACAGAUACUGAUUGUUAAGGAUGGCAGAAUACUGACACAACCUUCGUGUGAUUAAAAAUAGUCCUAUGAAAGACAGCCGGUCUUGGAUUGCAAUAAAUCAAUUGUGCAGGUGUACCUAAUGUUAUGGUCGGUGACUAAGUAAUCUUGGGACAUGCCUUAAAUAACUUGUGCUGCCUGCUUAUGCUCUCUGCCUUACUUAAAGUGCAAUCUGGUUGUGAAGCCUACUUGUUAUAAUUAUUUUAUAAUUAUAUAAAUGUUUACAGGAAGACAAUGUAGAAAUUGCUGAUUUACUACUAAAAACGAAGCAUUGUGCACAUUUUAGAGCUGCUCAGAAAUUUCCCUAGGCAUACAUUAGUAAUGCAAUGCAACAUUAAGUUGAAAAUGUUUGGGGUAGAUUACUUGACUUGAUUGCCUUCAUGAAUGUCUACAAAUACAGUGGAACCAAAAGUUGAAAAUGUUUGGGGUAGAUUACUUGACUUGAUUGCCUUCAUGAAAGUCUACAAAUACAGUGGAACCUACAAAGUCGAACCCCCCAAAAGUGAUUUAAUUUUAAAAUACAAUUUUAAAGCUGUGUUUUUAGUGCAAUAUGAACAGUGCAAUUUAAUGCUUAAAUGCACGCACGUACAAAUGCAUUUUACCAAGCAUGCUAGUAUAAAUAGCAUGAGGAGUAAGUUUGCACGAAACUGACCGGAGACUGUUGCCAACAUUUUUUGUUGUUGUUGAAAAACUGCUUAUUACUGUCCAGUAUGUAUUGUCACAUCUUUUCUGGAACGAGUAUUUUUACUAAAGUAGUUUUUUUCCUCCCCUGUAGAUACCUAUUUUUGCUUUGUACUUGGUUGACAAUGAAGGAUGUUGACAUGCUAAGUAAAGCAUAUGUAGAUCUCCUAAUGUUUAAUGAUGGUGAGUUUUAGCCUGGAAGUAAUGAAUUCACUUUUUAUUAUUUCCCAUGUGAGACAUUGUUUUGUCAUCCAAUGUCAUAGAAAAGAUUGUGUUCGACUUUGGAGGUUCCUGUAAGACCAAGUGGUGUUUGUGGAAUGACCAACAUGCUGUGCUGUCAUUUGCACUAUAUGUACUAUAUAUACAACCAAUAAAUCUAUGUCCCUCUCACUA